AUGCCUCAAGCAUCCAGCCUUCCCGCGUGGGCCGAGCUCCAGGCUCACCGCGACAACGUCGGCAAGAACUUUGUCCUGAAGGAAGCCUUCGCAGCCGACACGGAUCGUUUCGCCAAGUUCAGCCGUACCUUCAAGAACUCGGCUUCGGGCACCGACAUCCUCUUUGACUUUUCAAAGAACUUCCUCAACGAUGAGACCCUCCACCUCCUCGUCAAGCUCGCCGAGCAGGCCAACCUCGAGAAGAAGCGCGAUGCCAUGUUCGCCGGCGAGAAAAUCAACUUCACCGAGAAGCGCGCCGUCUACCACUCCGCCCUCCGCAACGUCGGCGACUGGGACAUGAAGGUGGACGGUGUCGACGUCAUGGGCAACAAGGGCGGUGUCCGCGAGGUUCUCGAGCACAUGAAGGAGUUCUCCGAGCAGGUCCGCAGCGGCGAGUGGAAGGGCUACACCGGCAAGAAGCUCACCACCAUUGUCAACGUCGGUAUCGGAGGUUCCGAUCUCGGCCCCGUCAUGGUCACCGAGGCCCUCAAGCACUACGGUGCCAAGGACCAAACCCUCCACUUCGUCUCCAACAUUGACGGUACUCACAUGGCCGAGGCCCUCGCCAACUCGGAUCCCGAGACCACCCUCUUCCUCAUCGCCUCCAAGACCUUCACCACCGCGGAGACCACCACCAACGCCAACACGGCCAAGUCGUGGUUCCUCGAGAAGACGGACGGCAAGGGCGAGAUCGCCAAGCACUUUGUUGCUCUGUCCACCAACGAGGAGGAGGUCACCAAGUUCGGCAUCGACGCCAAGAACAUGUUCGGCUUCGAGAGCUGGGUUGGCGGUCGCUACUCCGUCUGGAGUGCCAUUGGCCUCAGUGUCGCCAUCUACGUCGGCUACGACAACUUCCAUAAGUUCCUUGCCGGUGCCCACGAGAUGGACAAGCACUUCCGCGAGACUCCCCUCGCGGAAAACAUCCCCGUUCUGGGAGGUCUCCUGAGCGUUUGGUACUCUGACUUCUUCCAGGCCCAGACCCACCUGGUUGCUCCCUUCGACCAGUACCUGCACCGCUUCCCUGCCUACCUCCAGCAGCUUUCCAUGGAGUCCAACGGCAAGACCAUCACCUCUGACGGAACUCCCGCCAAGUACACCACCGGUCCCAUCCUCUUCGGCGAGCCCUGCACCAACGCCCAGCACUCCUUCUUCCAGCUCGUCCACCAGGGUACCAAGCUGAUCCCCGCCGACUUCAUCUUGGCCGCCAAGAGCCACAACCCCAUUGGCGACGGUGUCCACCAGAAGAUGCUCGCCUCCAACUACUUUGCCCAGGCUGAGGCCCUUAUGGUCGGCAAGACCGCUGACCAGGUCCGCGCCGAGGGUGCCCCCGAGGAGCUUGUCCCCCACAAGAUCUUCCUCGGCAACCGCCCCACCACCAGCAUCUUGGUCGGUGGCCACAUUGGCCCCGCCGAGCUUGGUGCUCUGAUUGUCUACUACGAGCACCUUACCUUCACUGAGGCCGCCAUCUGGGACAUCAACGCCUUUGACCAGUGGGGUGUCGAGCUGGGCAAGGUCCUGGCCAAGAAGAUUCUCAAGGAGCUUGACGAGGCUGGCAACGGUGAGGGCCACGACGCCUCCACUGGCGGUCUGAUUGGCGCUUUCAAGAAGUACUCCAACUUGUAA